AGGAAGCCAUGACUGGGGAAGAAGUUUCUGAGCCCAGUAGAAAAUGUAGGUAGACUUAGGGUUAGGUAGCAGCUUUCGGGAACUUGUUCCUGCCCAUAAUAUCCUAAAGGGCCCUCCAUUUUGACUAUCACCAGACAAUUAGAACUUGUUUCCUCCUCUGUGUCAUCCAGCAAAAAGUGCUCAGGGGGCUGUGUCCAGCAGGACCUCACUGCCCAGCACAACGGUAGGGGAGCCAAGUGGCCUUGAUCUACCGUGGACUGCUGUUUGCCUGCCUGGCUACCUUCCUUUGCACUUCAUUCUCAUCAUUGACAAUCUACUGUUGGCUUGGAAAUCAGAAACCUAUAUCCAUCUAGAUGAUUGACUUUGAUGAUGUGGCCGCAGUAAACCCAGAUCUCUUACAGCUUCUUUCCUUACAUCCAAAGGACAAUCUGCCACUGCAGGAAAAUGUAGCAGUCCAGAAACAGAAACGCAGAUCAGUCAACUCCAAAAUUCCCGCUCCAAAAGAAGGUCUUCGAAGCCGCUCCACUCGAAUGUCUACUGUCUCAGAGGUUCGCAUCACCGCUCAGGAAAAUGAGAUGGAGGUGGAGCUGCCUCUGUCUACAAACUCCCGCAAGCAGUUUUCAGCUCCCACUGGCCCCAUUAGGCCCUCCUGCUCUGCAGUGGCUGAAAUACCAUUGACGAUGGUCAGCGAGGAGGUGGAAGAGCAAGUCCACGCCAUCCGAGGCAGCUCUUCUGCAAACCCUGUGAACUCAGUUCGGAGGAAAUCAUGUAUUGUGAAGGAAAUGGAAAAAAUGAAGAAUAAGCGGGAAGAGAAAAGGGCCCAGAACUCUGAAAUAAGAAUAAAACGAGCCCAGGAGUAUGACAACAGCUUUCCAAACUGGGAAUUUGCCCGGAUGAUUAAAGAAUAUCGUACUACUCUGGAAUGUCAUCCACUUAAUAUGACUGAUCCUAUUGAAGAGCACAGGAUUUGUGUCUGUGUUAGGAAACGCCCUUUGAAUAAGCAAGAACUAGCCAAGAAAGAAAUCGAUGUGAUUUCGGUUCCUAGCAAGUGCCUUCUCUUCGUGCAUGAACCCAAAUUAAAAGUGGACUUAACAAAGUAUCUAGAGAACCAGGCAUUCUGUUUUGACUUUGCAUUUGAUGAAACAGCAUCAAAUGAAGUUGUCUACAGGUUCACAGCAAGACCACUGGUACAAACAAUUUUCGAAGGAGGAAAAGCAACUUGUUUUGCAUAUGGGCAGACAGGAAGUGGCAAGACACAUACUAUGGGUGGAGACCUGUCUGGUAAAGCUCAAAAUGCAUCGAAAGGGAUCUACGCAAUGGCCUCUCGGGAUGUGUUCCUCUUGAAGAAUCAGUCCCGCUACCGGAACCUGGGCCUGGAAGUCUAUGUGACAUUCUUCGAGAUCUACAAUGGGAAGCUAUUUGAUCUACUCAACAAAAAGGCCAAGUUACGUGUGCUGGAAGACAGCAAGCAACAGGUGCAAGUGGUGGGGCUGCAGGAGCAUCUGGUUAACUCUGCUGAUGAUGUCAUCAAGAUGAUCAAUGUGGGCAGCGCCUGCAGGACCUCUGGGCAAACGUUUGCCAACUCCAACUCUUCCCGCUCCCACGCCUGCUUCCAGAUUCUUCUGCGAGUCAAAGGGAGAAUGUACGGCAAGUUCUCUUUGGUGGAUCUGGCAGGGAAUGAGCGAGGGGCGGAUACCUCCAGUGCCGACCGGCAGACCCGCAUGGAGGCUGCAGAAAUCAACAAAAGUCUCCUGGCCCUGAAGGAAUGUAUCAGGGCCCUGGGACAGAACAAGGCUCACACCCCGUUCCGAGAGAGCAAGUUAACACAGGUGCUGAGAGACUCGUUUAUUGGGGAGAACUCAAGGACUUGCAUGAUUGCUAUGAUUUCACCAGGCAUAAGCUCCUGUGAAUAUACUUUAAACACACUACGAUAUGCAGACAGAGUUAAGGAGCUAAGCCCCCACAGUGGGCCCAGUGGAGAGCAGCCAAUUCAAAUGGAAACAGAAGAGAUGGAAGCCAGCCCUUCCAGGACCCUGAUCUCAGGCAAUUUCUCCAAGGAAGAGGAGGAACUGUCUUCCCAGAUGUCCAGCUUUAAUGAAGCCAUGACUCAGAUCAGGGAGCUGGAAGAGAGGGCUGUGGAAGAGCUCAGGGAAAUUAUACAGCAAGGACCAGGCUGGCUUGAACUCUCUGAGAUGACGGAACAGCCAGACUAUGACCUGGAGACAUUUGUGAACAAAGCAGAAUCUGCUCUGACCCAGCAGACCAAGCACUUCUCAGCCUUAAGAGAUGUCAUCAAGGCCUUGCGCCUGGCCAUGCAGCUGGAAGAGCAGGCAAGCAAACAAAUAAACAAGAAGAAACGGCCCCAGUGACAACUAUAAAUAAAGAUCUGUUUGGUU